ACAAACGUGCCGCAGAGCGCCAGCCCCGCUCUAUAUGCGGGGCGGUCAGCGCCGCACGUGAAGCAUGCUGGGAAUAGCUCUCUAGCCUCCCGGCAGUCCCUGCGACGGGCGUACGUAAGGAGCAGGCUGGCGGCGGCCGUUCUCCGUAAGAUGGCGGACCGGCGGCGACAGCGCGCUUCGCAGGAUACCGAGGACGAAGAGUCUGGUGCUUCCGGCUCAGACAGCGGAGGUUCCCCGGCGCGGGGCGGCGGGAGCUGCAGCGGUAGCGCUGGAGGUGGCGGCAGCGGCUCUCUGCCUUCCCAGCGCGGAGGCCGAGCCGGGGCCCUUCAUCUGCGACGGGUGGAGAGCGGGGGUGCCAAGAGCGCUGAAGAGUCCGAGUGUGAGAGUGAAGAUGGCAUCGAAGGCGAUGCUGUUCUCUCAGAUUAUGAAAGUGCAGAAGACUCAGAAGGCGAAGAAGGGGAAUACAGUGAAGAGGAAAACUCCAAAGUGGAGUUGAAAUCAGAAGCCAAUGAUGCUGUUAAUUCUUCAGCAAAAGAAGAGAAGGGAGAAGAAAAGCCUGACACCAAAGGCACUGUGACUGGAGAGAGGCAGAGUGGGGAUGGACAGGAGAGCACAGAGCCUGUGGAAAACAAAGCGGGUAAGAAGGGCCCCAAGCAUUUGGAUGACGAUGAAGAUCGGAAGAACCCUGCAUACAUCCCUCGGAAAGGACUCUUCUUUGAGCAUGAUCUUCGAGGGCAAACUCAGGAGGAGGAAGUCAGACCCAAGGGGCGUCAGCGAAAGCUCUGGAAAGAUGAAGGUCGCUGGGAGCAUGACAAGUUCCGGGAAGAUGAACAGGCUCCAAAGUCCCGACAGGAACUCAUUGCUCUUUACGGCUAUGACAUCCGUUCAGCUCACAAUCCUGAUGACAUCAAACCCCGAAGAGUCCGGAAACCCAGGUUUGGGAGUCCUCCACAAAGAGAUCCAGGCUGGAUUGGUGAGCGGUCAAACAAGUCCCAUCGCCACCAGGGUCCUGGGGGCACCCUGCCACCAAGGACAUUUAUCAAUAGGAAUGCUGCAGGGACUGGCCGCAUGUCUGCUUCCAGGAAUUACUCUCGAUCUGGGGGCUUCAAGGAAGGUCGUGCUGGUUUUAGGCCUGUGGAAGCUGGUGGGCACCAUGGUGGCCGGUCUGGUGAGACAGUUAAACAUGAGACUAGUUACCGGUCACGACGCCUAGAACAGACUCCUGUGAGGGAUCCAUCUCCAGAAGCAGAUGCUCAAGUGCUUGGCAGUCCUGAGAAGGAAGAGGCAGCCUCAGAGAUACCAGCUCCUGCUCCUGACACUACGCCACCAGCCCCUGACAGACCUAUUGAGAAGAAAUCCUAUUCCCGGGCAAGAAGAACCAGAAUCAAAGCUGGAGAUGCAGUCAAGGUUGCAGAGGAGGUGCCCCCUCCACCCGAAGGGCUGAUCCCAGCACCUACAGUUCCAGAAACCACUCCUCCUCCACCUGCUAAGACUGGGAACUGGGAGACUCCAGUGGAUUCUAGUACAGGUGGACUUGAGCAAGACGUGGCCCAACUAAAUAUAACAGAACAGAAUUGGAGUCCAGGGCAACCUUCGUUUCUGCAACCACGUGAACUUCGAGGGAUGCACAACCACAUACACAUGGGAACAGGACCUCCACCUCAGUUUAACCGGAUGGAAGAAAUGGGUGUCCAGGGUGGGCGAGCCAAACGCUAUUCAUCUCAGCGGCAAAGACCUGUGCCAGAGCCCCCUGCCCCCCCUGUGCAUAUCAGUAUCAUGGAAGGACAUUACUAUGAUCCAUUGCAGUUCCAGGGACCAAUCUAUACCCAUGGUGACAGCCCUGCCCCACUGCCUCCUCAGGGCAUGAUUGUGCAGCCAGAAAUGCACCUUCCCCACCCAGGUUUACAUCCCCAUCAGACACCGGCACCUCUGCCCAAUCCAGGCCUCUAUCCCCCACCCGUUUCCAUGUCUCCAGGACAGCCACCCCCUCAGCAGUUGCUUGCUCCUACUUACUUUUCUGCUCCUGGCGUCAUGAACUUUGGUAAUCCCAGUUAUCCUUAUGCUCCAGGGGCACUGCCUCCCCCACCACCUCCUCAUCUAUACCCCAAUACGCAGGCCCCAUCGCAGGUAUAUGGAGGAGUGACUUACUAUAACCCCGCCCAGCAACAGGUGCAGCCAAAGCCCUCCCCACCCCGGAGGACUCCCCAGCCAGUCACCAUCAAGCCCCCACCACCUGAGGUUGUAAGCAGGGGUUCCAGUUAAUAUGAGUUUCUGAAUAUUUUAAAUCUGACAUGAUAUAAAAAACAGAAGAGGUGAGAACCCAGGAAAGAAGAGAAAUAUAACUGGCUGUCUACUACCAGGAGGGCUUCAAAGAUAGAGGGUGGCUCCUGCCAGCAAGCAGCUGAAUGAAGAGGACCCCUGCGUUCCUCUGAGGACAGGCUCUGUUAGAAAAAGGGAGAAACACAUGGACUUCCUCUCAUCUCCUCUCUGAGUUGGCUGUGCUCAGAGGAGCAGAGAUCCAGACCACCCCAGCUACUGAGUCUACAUCUAGAAGCCCAGGUCUUUGGCUUUUCUUCACUUUCUCUUGGGAAAUUCAAGUGUCUUCUGCUACCGGGAAGGAGGCUCCUUCCUAUUUGUUUUGUUUUCUAAGAUGUUUGUUUUUAAAGCCUGACUUGCUAUUCUUAAAUUAAUAUUCU